AUGUCUUACAACGCGACUUACAACCACUCUAACGCUUCCAACCUCCACGCCCCGUACAACCAUAGCAACGCCUCCAACCCUUCUCCCUACGGCUCAGGCGACCCCUACUAUAAUGAGUCCACCGGCUUCAUCACCCCCUCCAACCCCAAGAAGGGCACCAGCAAAUGGAUCAAGAUCGGCAUCCCCGUCGCUGUUCUUGUGAUUGCUGGUGCCGUCGUCGGUGCCAUUCUCGGGAUCCGCGCCAGCAAGUCCACAACAGGCUCCUCGUCUACAAAGUCCGGGUCAUCGUCCGGCAACAACACUAACAACGACGGCUCCAAGCUGUUUGCUACCGCGACGGAUAGUCUAUACCUCCUCCCCAUCUACCCGUCCACGCCGUUCGCUUUGUUUUUCCGCGUUUCCUCCAUUGAGCUCUGUUGCUCUGCAACUAACAGCGCUCUGUACACCUCGCCCACAAUCUCUUCGGGCUCCACCUGGCCAUCGGAUUCUUUCUCCCCCUCCAACCCUUCCGUCACCAGCGUUCGUUCCGAUCGCCCUCGUAUCAUCGCCCCCUCGUACAAGUGGGAAGCUCUGCCUACCCUAAUCUCGAGCAACCCUUACCUCAAGUUCUGGAACGACACCAUCUUUGGCAAUGCCACCAACUACUACAGCCUUCCUGUGGUUCAGUACUUCAUGGACGGUGACAGCGGUAUCUUGGAUAACUCGCGCGAGGUCAAGGAGCGCGUCAAGGCGUUUUCCUAUGUUUACCGGCUGACCCAGGACACCAAGUGGGUGGAUAGGGCAUGGAAGGAACUCCAGGUAUGCAUCCCUAACGCCGCUGGAAAUGGCACGGCAUCGUUUGGUCCCGAUGGGUCUGACAAGUGGAACCCCACCCAUUUCCUUGAUACUGCUGAAAUGACCUCUGCGUUCGGCAUUGCCUACGACUGGCUCUAUGAUGCCCUCACCGACGACCAGAAGAGCCAGAUCCGCACUUCCAUGCUCUUUUACGGUCUAAACCCCGGCCUCGUCGCCUUCAACAACAGCGACAACCGUUUCACCGGUUGGUGGGCCAGCAACAUUGAAGGAAAUUGGAACUGCGUGUGCAAUGCAGGCCUGACGAUUGGCGCGCUGGCAAUCUUGGAGACGACACCACCGACCGUUGGUAACGCGAAGCAGAACUGCGCAUGGGCCGUUUCGACCGAUGGAUCGUGGUCCGAGACCGCGAACUACUGGUACUUCGGCACAACCGGGCACGCCGAGAUGGCGUCUGCGCUCAUGACCGCAACCGGUUCCGACUACGAUCUCCUCACCGUUAACCCUAACUUCUACAAGACUGGUCUCUUCCACAUGUCUAUCACCGGUCCCGGCUCGCUGUUCUCAUGGGGUGACCAUGGCCCCAACAAGUUCUCGUCAACGGCCAACAGUAUGCUUUUGUAUGGUGACCAGUUCAAACAUCCGGAGUACAUUCUGUUCCAGCGCGACCAACACGAUGCCCCAGAACCUUGGAGCGUGUUCUGGUACAAUCCCGCGGUCCAGGGUGCGUUUUGGGACGGCUUGGCCCUCGACAACUUCUUCGAUAACAACACGGACCAGUGGGCCUCCCUGCGAAGCUCGUGGACGGAUGAGAACGCGAUGUACAUUGGUAUCAAGGCCGGCACCCUGCAGGGUCACCAGACGCACAACGACCUGGAUUGUGGCGACUUCGUCCUCGAUGCCCUCGGCACGCGUUGGGCCGGCGAGCUCGGCUCCGGCGAUUACCGUUCUUUGAACUACUUCAGCAACGACACGCAGCAGAGUGACCGCUGGCUGUACUACCGCAAGCGUACUGAAGGCCAGAACACGAUCCUGGUCAACAAGCAAAACCAGCUGGUUGCCGCCGCUCCGACAACGGACACCGCGCUCUGGACGGCGGAUAUUACGAGCGCGUAUUUGAGCGUGACGUCGUUCAAGCGAGGCAUCCGUUACUUGAAUGGCCGAAAGCAGGUUCUCCUCCAGGACGACAUCAACGCGUCGGGCGACAUUAUGUGGCGCAUGCAUACGAACGCGACUGUGACGGUGGACGGCACUACGGCCACGCUGAAGAUUGGCGACCAGACGCUGACGAUGUCGAUCCUCAACGCGCCCUCUGGCGUUAGCCUCACUACUGGGGACGCCGUCCGCUUCAGCGACGACCCGGCCCUCCCGGCGGGCCAGGUUGACCAGGAGAACCCAGGGGUGACGGUGGUGAUGAUCAGCCUGCCCGCAGGCCAGUACAGUCUGCAGGUGUUGUUCAACCCGCAGUGGGAUGGGAUGUCGAGCAGCGACUUUGUGACACCGCCGAGCGUGGCCAUCGACAGCUGGACGCUCCGGAGUCACGACUGA